AUGGAGGUGCGGAGACUGGGGAAUAAGCAGGGGGGGGUGGGGAAGGAGAAGGCGGAGGGGAAGGGAAGGCGCGGAAGAAGGUGGGAGGGGGACGAGGCGGGUGGGGAAGAGAUGAUUGAAGUGGUGCUCAACGACCGGUUAGGGAAGAAGAUUAGGGUCAAGUGUAACGAGGAUGACACUAUUGGUGACCUGAAGAAGCUGGUCGCAGCGCAGACGGGGACGCGGCCCGAGAAGAUUCGGAUUCAGAAGUGGUACAACAUCUAUAAAGACCACAUCACGCUCGCCGAUUACGAGAUUCACGACGGCAUGGGACUAGAGCUCUACUACAAUUAG